CGGAGAACCAAAGAGCCCGAGAGCAGCAGAUACCAUAUAGUGGGUGAAUGAAGAGCGGGCCGAGUAAACGAUAUCGGGCCGAAUCGCUCCGAUAAGCGGCGACUACGCUGCCAAAAGCGGUAGCGCCAACGUCAGCGCUCAAUCAGUCGACGAGCGAGCUGGUUAGCGGAGCCGAGAGCGGUCCGAUUAGCGACGUGGUGAAGUUUCAUUACACUUUUGGCCACAAAACAAAGGGCGACUGUGCCAACCAGCGACUUUAUCCAGAAUGCCGAGCCAACAGAUUUGCUGGUGAGACACGCAGACAUGGCCCAGCUGAAGAAUGUGGGCCAAGCAGGUCAACAGGCCGUUGUUGUUGGUCCACUGAUCGCAUCGGCCAUGUUGCUCAUGGGGCUGAUAUUCGCGCUGUUGGGGAUCAAGUUCUUCGGCUUCCGGCGGCGGCUGACUUUCGAGCGAUCGCAGGUGCAGCGGCAACAGCAGCAGCAACAGCAGCAAGUGCCGCCACGUUACGCAGCUUUCGAAUCGCAGGUUAACGGCACCGAUACCGCUGUCCAUGGAGUGUUCCGACGUCGCAAUCUCGAGGAAUUCGAAAGCCCAUGGCCAUCGGCAUCAGCAACGACAGGAAACAACUUCAUCAGUGGCAGUGUUCCAAAUCUGCAGCUAUAUGGUGCCAGCCCAAGACAGCCCAAAUCAACGGAAGAAUCACCAGUUUCCUAUCGAGAGAAGUCGGCGGUACAACGACACCAACGACUGGAGGUGCACAGUGAGCACUAUGAAUUCUAUACCGCUCCACCUACCCGCAAGCCACCUUCUCCGCCAGCACAAUCAGAAGUACUAGCUGAAACUGCCUCGGUAGUUUCCCUACCUAAGAUACCAGAAUCCUUGCCUGCUCCACCUCCUAGGACCAUGAGAGGAGCUGCUGCAUCCAAGCCUUCGGGAGCUGCAGCUUCUGUCGACACAGCUCCCGAGCCUCCUAGCGAACUGGGAAUGCCCAACUUCGAUCACUUUGCUGAAAAGUACGAGUUGUUUAGUGUAAAACCAACGACUGCGGCCACUAGACCAACACAGUUGCGAAGCAAAAACAGCGGCCGCUACGUGAAGUUCGAGCCAGUGGAUGAUGUGCCGGAAAUUCUCACUCCCGAGGAUCCCGUUCCCGAGUUACUGACUCCAGAUGACGGUUUGGGAGGAGCGAUGUCAGUUACCGCUGUGGUACAUAGGGGAGCCAUACCCAAGGAAGAAACGGAAUCGAAAGAUGAACCGCAUACACCAAAUGAUCCCGAUCCCUUCCGGCGACCCAGCAAUACAGACUCAGCUUUUGUCGUGGAAAUCAUAGCAGGAAGUCCCGAAGCGGAAGCGACUCCUAGUAUACAGUCCACCUUUCAAAAUGGCCUAUUUGAAAACCUUGAAUUACCACAAGGUGAACAGGACAGUGAUUUCGUGCGAAUACGUUCGUCAUUUGUGAUGAACGAAGCCGACAUCCUGGAUUUGGAUCAGCUGCAGCUGCCGGCGGCCAGUAGUCCACCAGGAUUUGGUAAAAGCAUCGACGAGGACUGGGAGAACUUUGCCAACCUAGACGGCAUGGUGGAAGUGCCAGAGCCCAAUUGGUCCCUGCAUCCGAAUAGCUUAGAGCAAGUGCCCACUGUGGAGGCGACGCUAAAUGAGGCUGCCGUCAGACUGGACAAUGUGGAACAGGUUGAGGGUCUGUUCCAUCAACUUGAGCUUAUAGAGCCGAGAAUGGAUAUCUUCGAGCCUGAACCGCCAGCUCCCAUUAUAGAUCCACCGCCGUACGAUCCUGGUCUGCCCUACCUACCAGAUUACGAAUCCCUAAUGCGACUGGAUAUUGCCAAGAGCGGUCAGAAAUUGCCCGACUACACCGAGGUAAUGGAACAAAGGUCCAAGACAUCCAAAUUUGUAAACAGCAUUGAGGAUCUAUACGCGGAUCUGGAUGUUAAUGAGGUGGAGAUAAACGGUUCUCAAGUCAAUCAGACCAAUGAAAUCCACAAUUUUGAAGCCUUGUGCCAGGAAAUGGCUGUGGUGGUGCCAUCAGAGCGUCAAGCUCCUCAGCCCGCGCCCAGGUCCACCAAAUCAGCCAGAUCCCUCAAUGUUCGUGGUAGUACUUCUCCCCUUGCGUGCUAUCAACCUGAAGAGCUACCCAGCUCCAGUUCCAGUGAUACCGAUGGGGAGGAGGGAGCACGAUCAGCUCCAGAACCUGCCAAACGAGAUCCGAAAUCGCUCAAAGUCCGCUUUGAUGUGGAUAAUCUGCAGUACUACCAGUCCGCCGAGGUGGUAACAUCAGGUGAUGAGUCUGAAGAGGAUGAGCCAAUGCAACAGCCAACUCCCAUGCAGCGUUCGAUCAUUUUUGAACCGAGGAAUACUGGAGUGCCCACCCUAUUCGGAUCCCAGGUAUCCCAGGAAGACAGUGAUGACGACGAUGGCUUUGGACGAGCUAUCAGCCAACAUCGCUCCAUGACUGCGACACUUAGGACAAACGCUGUUAGAAACCAUACCGAUGCCUAGUCCGAAAACAGGAAACUGCCGCAAGUCUUGACUUCCUUAGUAAAUACAGUAUUCUAUGUGUUAAA